AUGAGCAAAUCAGAGAGAGAAAAACAGAAGCAGCCCUGGUGGCUCGGUGGUGCCGCUGCCUCGAUGGCCGUGUGCUUCAGAAUACCCUCCCUCUGGACCGGCCUCUCCGCCUCCAUCCUCCGCCAGUCAACCUACUCCACCGCCCGCUUCGGCCUGUACAGCCUCCUCGCCCAGCACUUGAAAUCAAAAUCCCCAACUGGGCAGCUCUCCUUCUGGAGCACCAUCGGGGCCGCGGGCCUGGCCGGCGGCCUCGCGGGCGUCAUCGGCAACCCGGCAGAGGUCAUCCUGGUCCGAAUGUGCGCCGAUGGUGCCAAGCCGCCCUCGGAGCGAGCAAAUCACCCGGACGCCAUCCGCGGGCUGUGGCGCAUCGCGCGAGACGAGGGCCUUGCUACCUUCGCGCGCGGGCUGGGCCCCACGGUUGUGCGGAGCGUGCUUAUGAAUGUUGGGCAGAUUGCGCCGUACACCGCCGCCAAGCGCGCCCUCCUGGCAAACACCUCACUACAGGACGACGUCAAGACGCACAUGUUGUCCAGCCUCGUCGCGGGCACCGUGGCCACCACCAUCUGCGCGCCCGCCGACGUGCUCAAGAGCCGUGUCCAGGCCGCAAGCAAGUCUGGCGCCGGCUCAUCGAGCCUCCUCCAGAUAACGACGCAAGGUCUGCGCAAUGAGGGGCCCCUGUUCCUGAUGAAGGGCUGGACGCCAGCGUGGUUGCGCCUGACCCCGCACACGAUCUUAACGUUCGUCUUCAUGGAGAAGCUGCAGGACCUGGUCAACUGGAGGGCGGUCGGCGCCCCGCCCGUGGAGAUCAAGGUCUGA